AUGGGAAACAGCUUUUCAAAUGCAAAAAAAUUAAUCAAAAAAUUUAGACCGCUAAACCGGAAUCUUUAUGUUAAUAAUGAUAAUAACUCUUUAAAUUUUUUAUCAUCGUCAACGUCGACAUCAUUAGACAGUAAUAAACGUACGGGAAAUGAGUUGAAUAGGUUGAAAACGCAACAUUAUUGUUUUAAAGAAAUGUUUGAUAAAAAUUAUUCUGCUCCGAUUCAAAAAUUAUUGGAAAAAGGUGGAAAAGGUUUAGAUAUUGGUUGCGGGCCUGGAUUAUUUGUUUUGGAAAUGGCAUCUGAAUUUAAAAAUUCGGAAUUUAUCGGUGUCGAUUUCUUGGAAAAUUUUCCGAAACAGGCCUUACCAUACAACGUAGGAUUCGUAAGGGCAAACGUUUUAGAUGGUCUAUCAUUUCCUGACAAUAAGUUUGAUUACGUACAUAUCUGUUGUAUGAAUUAUUCUUUUACCGAAAACCAAUGGAUAGAUAUCGUGAUCCCAGAGUUGGUUCGAGUGACGAAACCAGGCGGAUGGAUAGAAUAUUACGAUAUGGGCCCGUCGGUUACAAAAGCGGGUCCGAUAUUUAUGAGAUUACACGAAGCACUCGAUAACUUAUUAAUAGAGAGAGGACUAAAUACUCAAUUCGUCCAUAAAAUAAAAUCAACCCUGCAACGAUAUCCAAACCUUCAGAAUAUGGAAGGAGUGCUCAAGAAACAACCGAUCGGCAAUUGGGGUGGAAAGUUGGGCGAGUUGAAUUUACAGAAUACGUUGGAGUUUUUCGACGUUAUAAAGGAUCUUAUGAUUAAUGCAUUGGGAAUAAACGAAUCAGAAUACAUGAGGCUUGUUAAAGAGUUGGCCAAAGAAUUCGAUGAGAACAAAUCAAGAAUACAUUUUGUUAGAGUCUUUGCCCAAAAAUUUGAGCGUAUAAAUUAA